AUGCUCAAAGCAAGCUUUCCAAGUCCUCGAUCCAGAGCAGUAACUUCCUCACUGGUGCCUCGUCUCUGCAAAGCCGCCUACCACAGCACGGACGAACCUCUUCGCAUUCAGCACAUCGUUUUGCGUCGCGAAAUCACAGCCGCCAAGACAGCACGAGGGUUUCCAAUCUUCCUACACCCACCGCACACUCGACUGAGCGACGUGAGUCGAAAACCGUUCACCACAACUACGCAGCUCGGAAUGGCUUCCGACGAGGACUACAUGUCUUUCUUGGACAAGGCGAACCAGGAUCCCAGUGCGGGCCAUGCCAAAUCUGCCAGCAGCGGAAAGCAGGAGUUCAAGGCCCUGGACUCCGGCGUGCAGGUGCCCGCUGUCCUAAAGAGUGCUGUCAAAGACGCUUUCUACACCAGCGAUGCCGACGAGCCUUUUACGCCCGUCUGUCUGAAGUGGGAUGAAGAUGGCAAAGGUCUUCCUGACGAAGAGGAGUUCGCCAAUCUGAUAUCGCACCCCAACCCUUCGAGCGCAGAAGUCGAAAUCCAAGACCCCGCGGAUUGGGAUUCCCAAGGACAGUACGCAGAAUUGCUCGACGCGGUCCGACAGGCGGGCAAAGGCAACGACGUCAGGGUGUAUAGAAUAGCAAAGGACAGCACGAGAGUAGAAUAUUGGGUAGUCACGACUGAAGGGAAAGGCAAGGAUGCAAAGUUAGUGGGCGUCAAGGCUCUGGCUGUAGAGAGCUGA